GCAGUUACUGAUAUAGCCAAGGUGGGACGCUGCUGGAGGGAGCUAGAAGGGAUCAGCCAGCCAUGCCUCCAGUUCAGGUAUGUGGCAUUGCUAAGCUCGGAACAGGACUUGCCAAUGUCUAAAGGAAAAAGAGGAGAGAUCUCAAGAGAGAUAACCAAUUGGCUGGCAAAGUAACAAAUGAAAAGUAACCUGACUCUAUUGACCCGCUUAACCCUGCACAGGGGGAAGGAUGGAAAUGAGCAGCUGUUUGCUUUGAAACAGUGGAACAGUUUUACAGCCUUAGAAAAUGGCAUGUAACGUACCUAGCCAAAGACAGCGGACUCUGUCAACAACAGGAGAAGCUCUAUACGAAAUUCUUGGUCUGCGUAAGGGAGCAUCAAAUGAAGAAAUUAAGAAAACCUACAGAAAAUUGGCCCUGAAACACCAUCCAGACAAGAAUCCAGAUGAUCCAGCUGCUACUGAGAAGUUUAAAGAAAUCAACAACGCCCACGCAAUACUUACUGACAUCUCAAGGAGAAGCAUAUACGACAAGUACGGAUCGCUGGGACUCUACGUAGCCGAGCAGUUUGGAGACGAAAAUGUUAACACCUACUUCAUGCUGUCGAGUUGGUGGGCAAAGGCCCUGUUUGUCAUCGUUGGCCUCUUGACAGGCUGCUAUUUUUGCUGCUGCCUGUGCUGCUGCUGCAACUGUUGCUGUGGGCAUUGCCGGUCCAAGUCAUCAGUGCCAGAAGAGGACUUCUACGUGCCCCCAGAGGAUCUGGAGGCACAGAUCAAAUCCGACAUGGAAAAAGAUGUGGACUUUCCAGUUUUUCUCCAGCCUACAAGUGCAAAUGAGAAAACACAGCUAAUCAAAGAAGGAUCUCGAAGUUAUUGCACAGACUCUUGAUAUUGAGCCCUCUGAGAGUCCACAGUCCCUCCUCUCAGUUCAGUCUUGUUUCCAGAUGGUCGUAGGGGAGCGUGUGGGGCAUAAAGUGCUGUGAACUUUUCCAUCUUGGUAUUUUAUUUUUGGGUUAGGAAAGCAUGAUUGCUAUAUAAUUUUCUCAGUUUGCAGACUUUCUCUCUGAGUAGAAUUUCUUAUGAAACACAUUCAAUUUGGGUGAAUAAAGGCCUAAAGAGUUAUUUUAUGCUCCUUGCCUGAUGUAGGACAGUGGAAUUGUACAGCCUUUAUGAACCUGCCCUUUAUGUGAGGCAGAUCUGAUUCCUAACUGAGCAAAGUAAUAUUCCAGAACAGAAGCCACUUUUCUUGCAUGUAGCACAAUAUUGAUAUCUACCACAAACAUCAUCAUCAAAAUAUAUGAGAACCUAUAAAGAGUUUUUGGGUGUGGAGCCUCUUCCAUGUCAAUAUUCAAUAAAGUUAUAGAAAUGUUUCAAGAGC